AUGCGGCUGGUUCCACGGCUCCUCAGACAAUCUGGAACACGUCUCAGAAUACCUACAUGGGCAUAUGAUAAUCGAUUACAACAUCCACCCCGCGCCCUCUUCUCUCAAACACCUCGCAACAAGUUUUCGUCCGAAGCCGAGAGCACAGAUUCAGAGCUAGAAGACCCAGAGUUUGGAAACUAUGAGAUUAUACUCCCCUCCAAACCAAGCUUAUCACCAAAGAGUGCGUUUGUAAACGCAGUACCUCCGCAUAUCCCUCGGCCACCUUAUAUCGCAGAUCCAUCUGCAAAGUCGCUUUUACUUUCGAGUCGGUUAGAACUCGGGAGCGACGAUGAAAGGAAGAUGCGAGAGGCCUGCGCACUCGCAAAGCAGACACUCGACUUUGCAACCUCACUCGUAAUGGAAGGUGUGACAACCGCUCACAUAGAUGACAUGGUUCAUCAAUUCUGCAUCUUUCACGGGGCUUAUCCCUCUCCGUUGGGCUACGACGGAUUUCCAAAGUCUAUCUGCACCAGCGUAAACAAUGUCGUUUCGCAUGGGAUUCCAGACAAACGACCACUUCAAGACGGGGAUAUCGUGAAUCUAGAUAUCACUGUCUAUCUAGACGGGUUUCAUGGAGAUACCUCGCGAACUGUCACCGUCGGACAAGUCGACGACAAAGGGUUGCAUCUUUUAAAGACCGCCCAAGAGGCUCUCAAACUCGGCAUCAGCGUAUGCAGACCAGGCGUUCCAUACCGCGGUAUCGGGGCUGCGAUCCACUCGUUCAUUUACGGCUCGGCAACAACGCCACGACCUCAGUGCGACGAUGUCGUUUACACAAUCUGUAAUGCGUUUUCUGGACAUGGCAUUGGCAGAGCAUUCCACACCCGGCCUUAUAUCGUUCAUUCCUACAAUGAAGAACCGGGAAUCAUGGAACCAGGGGAUUGCUUCACCAUCGAGCCCAUCAUACUCCAAACCGGUGUCGGCGAACGACCAAGGAUUUGGAUAUGGCCUGAUAAUUGGACUGCUUCGACGGAUAAUGGCGCUCGAGGAGCAGUAUUCGAACACACAGUCAUGAUCACCAAUGACGGAGCAGACGUUCUGACAGCAUAG